CAAUUUCAUCUUCAUAUAUUUCAACUGUAAUCAUAGAACCAUCGGAAUGUCGACCAAAAUCACGAUUAAUUCGCCGUUGGCGAACAUAACAUCCGAGAUCGAGGAACGUCGAUGUGAUCUGAUUGGCCGUCAGCGGCAGCUGAAAAACAAAGUCGUCACGAUGGAACGCUCCAUUCCGGCUCUGAUGGCAUACAGCAUGUGGAAAGCCGAGCAAGAUUGUCGCGAUGGACCAUACGACAAAGUACGAGAGAUCAUGAAUACGUUCGCACCACAGUCAGAUCCUGCCGACAAACUCGUCGCUGAAUUGAAGAGCAUAGUCGAUAACCUCCACCAGGAAACGGCACAGUUGCAUGUACGGCACGAUUGACAUUCGACGAUAAGAAUCCGGGUAAAUCUUGCCAGUGUGCUUUUUUUAACGAAAAAGUUAUGACUCGUGAUCUUAGCGCGUUAUCGGUAUCGUUAUGUUUUAUGAUUUGGGGAAGACACUGGAGUAUCA